AUGAACACACAAAGCACUAACACAAGGCCACGUCGAAAACGUCGUUCUCGCUUUUCGGCCGCCUCCAAACCCGCAACUCAUGCAUCUCAGCACGCUUCCCCAGACAAGGUCAACGACCCUCCCACUUCGUCACCGUCCAUUCCGAAUCAAACCCCUCCUCUCUCCUCCCCUCAACCUCCUCCAACACCCGCAGUAGCACUUUCUUCCCCAAAACCCUCCUCUGAUCCCCCUUCUCAACCACUUUCCCUCUCCAACCCGGCCAAGCGCCGCCGCACUAAGCCUCGCCUAUCGGCCCCCAAGGCCUUCGACACCACCUUUGACAGCGAUGCAUCCGCUGACUCAGCCUCGGCUUUCGUACCUCUAUCUAGCCGUCUGUUCCGCCCUUCCGAAACCCCUGAGGAACAUCCUCCUCUCCGCCCAACGACCUCCCUCGCACCUGCUGACAACGGCCCAGACCCACUCGACGAUUUCUUCCAGUCCAUGGAAACAGCAACCUCUCACCACCCGAAAACAUCCAAAACUCACGCCCGAGGUGUAGAUUCCGAUCACAGCGAUUCGGACGCCUACUCCAGCGACGCAGCCGCUGUAACACGAAAGAAUGCCCUUUCAGCCUCCCGCCCGCAGAAGCGCGCUGUCUAUGAAAAGGUCAACCAUGCCAAAAUUGACUACCCACCCUUUCAAAAGGACCUCUACAUCGAGGUCCCCGAGCUCACAAAGCUUUCCCACGCCGACGUGGCUAAGCUCCGCCGCCAGCUCGGUAACAUCCGCAUCCGAGGAAAGCGCUGCCCGAAGCCAAUCACUGACUUUUCGCAAAGCGGCCUCUCAUCCGCCGUGCUCGACGUCUUGCGGCGCGCAGGGUAUGAACAUCCCACCCCCAUUCAAGCCCAGGGUAUACCGUGUCUCAUGUCCGGCAGGGACGUCAUUGGCGUUGCCAGAACUGGUUCGGGCAAGACCCUGGCUUUCCUCUUGCCUGUCCUACGACAUAUCGCGCUGCAACCGCGCGCGGGCCCGGGCGAAGGGCCCGCUGCCGUUGUUAUUGCGCCAACCAGGGAGCUCGCUAUCCAGAUUUAUGGAGAGGCGAAGAAGUUUUCAAAGGCCGUGCAAAUGAAGAGUGUUUGCGCGUACGGAGGGAGCGGCGUGAAGGAUCAGAUUGCGGAGCUAAAGCGUGGCGCAGAUAUCGUGAUAUGCACACCAGGGCGAAUGAUCGACUUGCUGGCCAUGAACUCAGGGCGGAUAUCAAACUUGCGCCGCGUUACUUUCGUUGUCCUGGAUGAGGCAGACCGCAUGUUCGAUAUGGGCUUCGAACCGCAGCUUACGCGCAUUGUGGAAAACAUCCGACCGGACAGACAAACUGUGAUGUUUUCAGCCACGUUUCCGGCGCAGGUGGAAAAGCUGGCGCGGAAGAUUCUGCAGCAGCCUCUAGAGAUUAUGGUGGGGGGGAAUUCUGUUGCUGCGUCGACGAUUGAUCAGUAUGUAGAAGUUCGAAGUGAAAACUCUAAAUUCCUACGCCUGCUUGAACUCUUGGGGAAAUGGUACGAGGUCGGCUCCACCCUUAUAUUUGUCGAUCGACAAGACAACGCGGAUCGCAUUUUUCGAGAACUAGUGAAGGCAAGAUAUAAAUGCCUCUCCCUGCAUGGGGGCAUGGACCAGGCCGAUCGUGAUUCUGCAAUUGUAGAUUUCAAGAACGGCGUAAUCAAAGUGCUUGUCGCUACAAGUGUCGCAGCGCGGGGGCUUGAUGUCAAGAACUUGACCCUUGUCGUUAACUACGAUGUGCCAAGCCAUUACGAGGACUACGUACAUCGCGUUGGGCGAACAGGUCGUGCUGGGAGAUCUGGAACUGCAUAUACGUUUAUUACGCAAGAGCAAGAGUCAUUUGCCCCAGACCUUGUGAAAGCACUGGAACUAAGUGCAAGGGCUGUUGCAGAACAGGAAGCUCCUAUCGGAGAUAAGGAAGCUGCACGAAGUGCAUCGGAUGAAGCUGCGGCCGCUGCGGUUCCCGAAAAAUUGCGAAAGUUAGCGGACGCGUUUGACAUAAAGCACAAAGCUGGCAUAGUCAGACAUAAAGCCAGCUCUGGGUAUGGUGGAAAGGGCUUUUCGUUUGACAACAACGAAGAGUAUGACGCAGCGAAGACUGCAAUCAGAAAGAUGCAAGCCAAGCAAUAUGGAAUAGAGGAUGAAGUCGCAGACGAGGAUGCUGGGGAGGACAACCGGCGCGCAGCAGACGCACCAAGUGAGGAGGAUGCGGAUGAGAAUGACGGAAUUAUUGAAAUUACUGUAGUACCGAAGGCGACCGGUCGGGAGCAUGCACUCAUGGCAACUGGAGACAUAAAACAGAAGUCACUGCAAGUUGCCAGGGAGCUCAGUCCGGCACAGGUUGCGAUCAUGUUGUCAGAGGCAGUAAAGAGGGCUGAGAAGGAGGCAGUCAGACUGAAACUUGACGAGAAGGCACGAUGUGCUCGAGUUGCGACGGCGAAAGCCACGGUGCUAUCUAUCGCUGCUAUGCAGAACAAGAAGGUCAAUUCGCUAAGUGGUGCAUCCGCUUCUAUUCCUGUUGUACCGUCUACUUCCCCGACUCAUAUGUUGAUCGACAAACCUCAGGCUGGAGCAGUAUCAGCUGCAGCAGCGGUCGCAGCGGCAAUUAGCGCUAAAAUUGGAGGAGAAAGUGCUACCAGCCAUGGCACUUUGCCUUCCAGUACAGCCGGGGCCGAGCAAUCCAACGGAGAAGAGACUGGAACGCGGUUUGCAGGAGAACUAGAGAUAAACGACUACCCUCAACAUGCGCGAUGGGAGGUCACAAGAAAGGGAUCCUUGAACGAUGUAGAGGAGUUCACGGGGUGCGUCGUGACUACUCGAGGCAACUUUUAUGCAGUAGGUCGUAAUCCGCCCGCCGGAGAAAGAAAACUGCAUUUCCUUAUCGAAGGUCCAAGCCGAAGUGCCGUGAGAGUUGCUCGACGGGAUAUCAAACAGAAACUGGAAGAAGCUGCAGCUAUAUCAAGACCAUCUGAGAACCAGUAUUCAAAGUAUUCUGUAGUCUAA